AUUUACUUCCGUGUAAAAUUUCAUGAAUGACCACAGCUUCCAGUAUAGCUUACUAAUAAGUACCGACUCCAUCCGAAUCGUGUUGAUCGUUUGACAGUUGCUGUUACCGUCUGGUUGCUCUAAAUGGAUUAUACUGCAACUCAAAGUGGGUUCAGACAGCGUAAGUUACAGCCCAGUAUGCGUCUGAGGAAUAGCCCAGUGGAGGGCUCAGAUGGCAGCCAGCUGUUUGAGGAUACGAGCAGAGCUGGGCCUGGAGCACAGCCAGGAUACAGGAACCAGCAGGCCGGCCCUCAAACUCCGGGAUUUCCUGGGCAGUCCCUGCUGUCAGAGCCCAUGUCCAAUCUGGCCAUGGCAUAUGGCAGCUCACUGGCAUCCCAGGGGAGAGAAAUGGUUGACAAGAAUCUGGACAGAUUCAUCCCAAUUUCUAAGCUAAAGUACUACUUUGCUGUGGACACAGUGUACGUUGGGAAGAAACUGGGCCUUCUAGUUUUUCCCUAUAUGCACAAAAACUGGGAGGUGAGCUACCAGCAGGACACUCCUGUGGCUCCGCGCUUUGAUGUGAACGCUCCAGACCUUUACAUUCCUACCAUGGGCUUCAUCACAUACAUCUUGGUGGCCGGACUGGCCCUCGGCACACAGAAUAGGUUUUCACCAGAGCUGCUGGGAGUUCAAGCCAGCUCAGCUUUGGUGUGGUUAAUCAUGGAAGUCCUGGCGGUCCUCCUGUCGCUCUACCUUGUCACUGUAAACACGGACCUCACCACUAUAGACCUGCUCGCCUUUGCUGGCUAUAAAUAUGUUGGGAUGAUUGUAGGCUUAGUGGCAGGCCUUUUGUUUGGGAAGUCAGCAUAUUAUUUGUCUCUACUGUGGUGCUGUGCUGCCAUCUUUAUCUUCAUGAUACGCACUCUACGUCUGAAGUUGUUAUCAGAAGCGGCAGCAGAAGGGAAGCUAGUGAGAGGAGCCAGAAACCAACUGAGGAUGUACCUCACCAUGGCCAUAGCAGCAGCACAGCCCAUUUUCAUGUACUGGCUCACCUUCCACCUCAUCAGAUAAAACCUGCAACACUCACACGUAGAACUUGUCAUCUCACCCCACUAAAAUAAAAAACACCACACACAUAUCAAAGAAGCUGGACUUGGAUGAAAUACACGUUUGGCAUAAAGACUCUCCAUGUACACGUGGAGCCGAACAACGCGCUACAAGAUGGUUAAGAGAGGAUGUGAGGCAUUCCUGCCUUUUCUCUCACAGCACAGCUAUUUCAUUAGCAUUGCCUUUUUUAUGUCUUCACAAUUUUGUAGCGAAAGCAAGUGGCUUUAAGUUUUUUCUAUACUGUGUAAUUACCUGCUAAUUAUGGGUUGUUUUUGUUUUUUUGUUUUUUUUAGGAGUAUUUAUGUAUAUAUGUUUGUGUACAGCAAGAGUAUUAUUGCAGAUGUUUCAUGAGUGAUGUCCCUGAGCCAAGAAAAAGCACUAACCUCAGACAGACCGUCCACUUAAUAAAAAGAACUCAAAAAUCCAGGUUUAAAAGCGAUCAACUGGCUCUGUGCGGAUGUUUGACCAGGAAAAACUGUUUCCCUUCUCCUGAUGUUUGCUUAAUGGUUGUGAAUGUCCGGCAGUGUGUGUGUAAAAACAUCUAUGUGGAAACCAGGGUUACCAAACUCGUCUUUAAGCCUGAGUGUAAGACAAACAUUUUGUUGGUUUAAUCUUUUGGUAUAUGCUUUAUUACACGUGAGCUUUGCUGCCUGACAACCCGUGAAUAGAAAUAUCACCUGUAAGCAAUGAUGUCGAUAAGACUUAGACCUCAGGAUGAAAUGUAAAGUUCAUCUUGAUAUCAUUUUAAAAAGUGAGAAACUUAUUUACUGUUUUUCAUAUUGAAAGUCAGAUGGGAUAAAGAGAGGGGAUGAAAUCAGGUGGUUUGUUCUGCAACAGCUCUUUCAGUCUUCUUUAAGAUACUUGAAGUAAUUUAAUGUCUAAAAUGCGCUCUGUGCUUUAAUGUGCUUGUGAAUCUUCUUAUGUGUAUACUGUUCAGGCUUGGGUAGGGUUCACAUUCACUUCAGUUAUUUUAGGAUAUUAAAAAAUUCAGGCUUUCUUCAUUUUCCUCAAAUUUACCCCACCACCACCACCACCCCAUUUAGUUUUUAUUGAUUAUUGAACAAUAAGUUCUCGUCAAAUAGUUGCUGUGAAACCCCUUUUUCCAACAGUUUUGAAUACUAACAUAAAAAGCAUCUCAUUGGGGAGGAUUUGUAUCAAUUCAUUUCAACACUUUUUCUCAUGAUUAAGCAUGAAUUAAUCCCAGUGCGAUUGUCAAAGUGCGCUGAAAGCAUACGUACAGCCUCUCAAAUCAAGCCUUUGAAAUGUGUCUGAAUAAAGUGUGACUGACGGA